GACAACUCAUCGGCUCGAAGCACUAUCGAGUCCAAAAGCGAUACCCCGUCGCCGGAUGACACUGCCAUCCCCGAUGAUGAUGCGAAAGAUCCUGAUGUUCCUGCUGAACCAACCCUGUUUUUGACUGAAAUGGCGACAAUCAUCUACGAGAUGGAUGCGAUCAUCGACUCUCCAUCUUGCGUUAUGUACAGGAGAGUUUUCAAAGCACUGUCCAUGGAUCCUGAAUCCAAAUUGCCCGGUUUUGAAAUGAAUACAUGGUCAGGGACUAUGUGGAGUCACUUUUUGAAUGCCAGCGAGAUGCGCUCACAACAAGCAACCAUCUACCGGCUGAUCGCGUACAUGGGAUUCUCGCAAUGGUUUGAUGCGCAGAAGACUGAUUUCGAGGAGAAAUAUGCCUUCCGAGGGCAUCGACGUACAGGUCGGCGCCUGGCAUCGAUCGUCCUUGACCAUCUCCUUAAAUUAGAGCGUCAAGACACUAAGAAGCGCACUAGACUAAUCCGAAUGAACAGUCAUGGCAAGAAACUACGCGCAAUUGUCAAAAUCCAUGGUUGGUGGAUAUUGUUCCAUCAGAGAAUAUGGGAUUUUAUUAAAUCUAACGCCAUCUUGUCAAAGACCACAUCAGAGCUCGAAGGAUUAGAGUAUUUCGAACCACUAAAGACAUGUCUCGACGAGCAGAUGACGACGUUUGCUGACACAGGGAAGACCGACUUCUCUUCAUUCUUAUAUUCUCUCACAAAAUCUGCCUCGAACUUAUUGAAGUCACAGGUCGACAGACUACGGCAAGACUUUGAAGUAGAAGAGGUGACGCCCGCAAUGGUUAGUGCAAAGGUCCAUGAUCUGAAGCAAGGACUGCUGCAGAUGUGUCGAGCUGGCAGAAGGGACGUGUUUUGGGUCAACGGCAAGUAUGAGGUAGACCGGCAAGUAAUCGACACGCUUGACCCUGAUACGUGGCUGAACGGAUGGGUCAUCAACGUGGGAUUGGAGCUGGCCGAUAAGCCACUGACUACCAGCUCUCAAUGGAGUUUCCAUUUCAAGGGCUCGCUGGAGCAGGUCAGGCAGCGAUUCGACAACGACAUGACAAACGCGAUUUCAAUUGCAUUCUGCCCUCUGUUUCAUGACAACCACUUCACAUUACUUGAGAUCAAUAUGCCGGAUAAUACGAUUCGUCACUACAACUCCAUGGCAUCGGAGGACACCGCAUCGUCUGUACAGAGAGCGGUGGUGGGAUCUUUUGGUCCCAAUUGGACUUACGACGAGACACCUUGCCCGCAGCAGACUGACACGUCAUCGUGCGGCUUGAGCGUGUUCCAUAUCGCGUCUAUGCGAAUGAACAAUGUGAGCAUGGAGGAGAUGGUGCCGAUGAAUGCGAACAAGUGCCGUGCAGACUUGGCUGAUCUGUUCUUGCGAGCCAUUGACCGUGGGGCGAUCUGGGUAGGACGAAGAAUUGCGAAAUGAUCCGAGCAUCUAAUUUCAACCGGAGCUUAUUAUGGGUUAGACUAGGCUAGAACAAUGUUCAGUAUCGCAAGUGUA